AUGGCCGCCACUGCGGAGCUGUUCGAGGAGCCGUUCGUUGCUGAUGAAUACAUUGAGCGGCUGGCGUGGAGAACUCCAGGGGGGGGAUCCAGAGGAGGAGCAGAAGCAUUUGAUCCCAAAAGGUUAUUGGAGCAAUUUGUCAACCAUAUUGAAGAGCUGAAGAUUAUGGAUGAGAGGAUCCAGAGAAAAGUGGAGAAAUUAGAACAUCAGUGCCAGAAAGAAGCGAAAGAGUUUGCUAGAAAAGUCCAAGAACUUCAGAAAAGCAACCAGAUCGCUUUUCAGCAUUUCCAAGAGCUGGACGAGCACAUCAGCUACGUGGCAACGAAGGUGUGUCAUCUUGGUGACCAGUUGGAGGGGGUGAACACGCCGCGGCAGCGGGCUGUGGAGGCCCAAAAACUGAUGACCUAUUUUAAUGAGUUUCUGGAUGGAAAUCUGCAGUCUGAUGUGUUUAACAACUCUGAAAAGAUAAAGGAAGCUGCUGAUAUCAUUCAGAAGUUGCAUUUAAUUGCUCAAGAACUACCAUUUGAUAGAUUUGCUGAAGUGAAGUCUAAGAUUGCCAGUAAAUACCAUGAUCUAGAACACCAGUUAAUUCAGGAGUUUACAAGUGCGCAGCGACGAGGAGAGAUAUCUCGGAUGAGGGAAGUGGCCGCAGUAUUGCUUCAUUUCAAGGGAUAUUCCCAUUGUGUGGAUGUGUACAUAAACCAGUGCCAGGAGGGGGCCUACACGAGGAACGACAUAUUUGAGGACUCUGCUCUGUUGUGCCAGCGCGUCAACAAGGAAGUCGGAGACAUUUUCAGCAAUCCAGAAAUUAUUUUGGCCAAGCUUAUACAAAACAUAUUUGAAAUCAAAAUCCAGAAUUUUGUGAAAGAGCAUUUGGAAGAAUGCAGAAAAUCGGAUGCAGAACAGUAUCUGAAGAAUCUCUAUGAUCUGUACACAAGGACUACCAGCCUUUCCAGUAAAUUUAUGGAAUUCAAUCUGGGGACGGACAAGCAAACUUUCUUGUCCAAGUUGAUCAAAUCAAUUUUCAUCACCUACUUGGAGAACUACAUUGAUGUAGAAAUUGGUUACUUAAAAAGUCGGAGUUCGGCGAUCUUACAGCGAUAUUACGAUUCCAAGAACCAUCAGAAGAGACCCGUCGGAUCUGGAGGAAUUCAGGACCUGAAGGAAAGGAUUAGACAGCGCACUAAUUUGUCUUUGGGCCCAAGCAUAGAGACUCAUGGUGAGACCUUCUUGGCACAAGAAGUGGUGGUGAACCUCUUACAAGAAACCAAACAUGCCUUUGAAAGAUGCCAUAAGCUUUCUGAUCCAUCCGAUCUCCCGAAGAAUGCAUUUAGAAUAUUUUCAAUACUUGUUGAUUACUUGUGCAUUGAGCACAUUGAUUAUGCCUUGGAGAUAGGAUUAGCAGCGAUCCCUUCUCCCGACUCUCGGAAUGCCAACCUAUAUUUCCUGGAUGUCGUCCAUCAAGCCAACACAAUUUUCCAUCUAUUCGAUAAGCAAUUUAAUGACCAUCUCAUGCCUUUGAUAAGCUCCUCUCCAAAACUGACAGAAUGUCUGCAGAAAAAGAAAGAGAUCAUCGAACAAAUGGAAGUGAAGCUGGACACGGGUAUCGACAGGACACUAAAUUGCAUGGUGGGUCAGAUGAAGCAGAUAUUGGCAGCUGAGCAGAAAAAAACGGAUUUCAAACCAGAAGACGAGAAUAAUGUAUUAAUUCAGUACACAAGUGCUUGCGCCAAAGUUUGCAUUUACAUUAGAAAGCAAGUGGAGAAGAUCCGUAACUCUAUGGAUGGAAAGAACGUGGACACCGUGCUAUUGGAACUUGGGGUGCGUUUUCAUCGCCUCAUAUACGAGCAUCUGCAGCAGUUUUCCUACAGCUCAAUGGGCGGCAUGCUGGCUAUCUGCGACGUAGCGGAGUAUAGGAAGUGUGCCAAGGAGUUCAAAAUUCCUCUUGUGCUCCAGCUUUUUGAUACGCUGCACUCCCUCUGCAACCUGCUGGUGGUGGCCCCAGAUAACCUAAAGCAGGUGUGCUCCGGAGAGCAGCUCGCCAGCCUGGACAAGAACAUGCUCCACUCCUUUGUGCAGCUGAGAGCCGACUACAGAUCCUCCCGCCUUGCCCGACAUUUUAACUGAGCAGCUGCCUGCUGAGAAGGACUUUCUACAAGCUGAAGCUAAGCCAGGGCUAGAGAAUAGCACAGCAUACACUCCCUGAUACAUAGACGUUUCUUUAGUUCUUUCAGCACGGUCGUGCGGCCAUGUUUCAUUUGCUGCUCAGUGCGUUUCCUAGAAAGAUGCAGAUGUGUAUUCUUUAUGUGUUGUUCUUUAACGCAAGGCCAACCCCCCCCCCCCACCCCAGUUUACACCUUCAGAAAGAAUGGAACUUUCUUAAUCGCCAAGAUAAGGGACAGUGGUCAUCCUAAGAAAGUGAUGAAAAGUUCAGUUUCUUGUUAUGUGCUGUCCCAUAACUAUCACUAGAUCCACCUGGGAUGACACCCACCAGUGUGUACAGUUCUUAAAGGGGUUGUCCGGGACUUAGUCAUUGGUGGCCUAACCGGAGGCUAGGCCAUCAAUAUAAGAUC